AUGUCGAGUGAGAGGGCGUGCAUGUUAUGUGGUAUCGUACUCACCACCAAUGAUUUUUCCAACGAUGGAUGUCCGAACUGUCAGGGUAUUUUUGAAGAGGCAGGAGUUUCAACGAUAGAAUGCACUUCACCAUCGUUUGAAGGGCUUGUUGGUAUGUGCAAACCCACCAAGUCUUGGGUAGCGAAAUGGCUCAGUGUUGACCGGAAUAUACCGGGCAUGUAUGCGGUCAAGGUUGACGGCAGGUUGCCAGCUGAAGUCGUCGAAGUGCUGCCUUUUUACAAGCCAAGAGACGGCAGCCAGGUAGAGUGA